UAUGCGCCUUCCUUCAUGAAUAAAUGAUUUAAUUUAUAUUUAUUUCUUUAUUUUCUCGGUGACCUCAAGAUGCAGUUCAAAUAGCUAGACUCUCUCUUUGCAUAUAAAUCUUAUUUUGAUAUAUAACUGAAAAUAAAAUAUUAAUUCUCGUCAUAUCAUUUCAUAAAAGUUUGUUCUGUCAACUUUUAGGACUAAGUGUUUUCUUUCUGGGAUUGAAACCAUAGGGAAUGAAAAUGGACUCAUUUCAAAUCUCAUGGGGAUCAGUGUUUUCCAGCUUCUCCUCUAAGAUAGAAAGUCCCUUACAGAAGAUUUUUAGAGGCAGCAAGGCAAGUAGCGACUCUCAACAACCAUCUCCAAAUAAUGAAAAUCCAGAGACGGAUACAGAACCGGCCCUCUCACAGGGCGCUGAUGGUAAAACCACGUUAACGUUUAAACCAAAGCAUCUUAGCAUCUUUUCGGAGGAAGAAAGACAAGCUUGGACUAUUUCUAAAAUUUCUGAAAGCUCUAGGGAUGUUACUGCAGACAUGCUAGAGGUGUGUUGGCUUGAUGUAACUGGUUCAAUGACUGCUACCAAAGGGAAGGCGUAUGAAAUUAGCUUCAUAUUAUCCAUGAAUGAAAAGAAUUCCUUUGGCUGGGAAGAUCCUGUUUAUGUGAUGGCAAGGAUAGGAGAGGAGGGAGAGUAUUCGCGCGUACAAAUAGAUCUAUCAAAGUUAGGCCAUGAAAAGGAGGAAUUUCCGGCUGAGAAGUGUCGGGUUGAGUUUAGAAGUGAUGAAAACACUGAAAAUAAUAAGAAAAAACUCUAUUUUGGCUUGUAUGAAGUGUGGACUAACAACUGGAAGGGUGGUCUACGGAUCCACGAGGCCAUAGUUCGGGAAUUAACAGCUGAGGAUUCUGCUUCCACAUCUAAUACCCUUUCGAACGACUCCAAUGUACAAGAAGUAGCAGCUGACAAGUCUACUUCAGCAUCUGAAAACCCUCCGGACAUGUCCAUAAUGAAGCAAGUACGAGCUCCUCCCGUCGAGGUCGUAGCUCAGAAAAUAACAGUUCACGAUUCGGCCUCUACAUCUACUAAUCAUGUUAAUGAUUUUGCUACCCCGUCUCGUGUCGACAAUCUGGAAGAUGAGUUCUUUGACUCGAAGGACACUCUAGAAGAUAAGUGAUAAACAGAAUCACUACAUCUACUAUAUGGCU